CACAAUAUGGGUACCGACCGCUUUGUCGCUGCCGGUACCUUUCUCCUAUUGGUUGAAAAUCAUCAUUUAAUUGGAUUAACCUGGGAGGAAAACAGCAGCAAGCGGGGCUAGGUUUUUUUUUUCUCCCUUUAACCGAGUUUUGCUAGAUGGGUUUCAAACGAUGAAUGCUUUGCUGACGGCUUAACGACCAGGGUGACCAGACCGCACAGAUGACAGCUAUUUGUGUGUUUGGGGGAUAACAAUGCCUUCUCCGAUUCCGGUUAGCCGUUUGUUACCAAAGGAAUUUUACCCAAGCAUUGACCUAGGACCAUGUAGUAGCCCCUUAGAGAAGCAUGUGAAAGACUCGACUCUACAUUUACCAUCGCAAGGUUUUAAAGCUCGGAAUGCGCUGAAGCUCUGGUCCUGUGUCAUACAGUGGAAACAACUGCGGCUGCUUCAUCCCCUCGGCUCGGGUGGCUUUGGGUCGGUAUAUAAAGGAACCUACUACGGGAAGACGGUAGCGGUGAAGAAGGUCAAGAAAUGCACUAAGAACAGGCUAGCCUCACGACAGAGCUUCUGGUCUGAACUGAAUGCCGCCCAUCUGCAGCAUGAGAACAUUGUCAGGAUUGUGGCAGCGACCACCUGCAUUCCCGAAAGCGUGGAAAACCAAGACAACAUAGGCACCAUCAUAAUGGAGUUUGCGGGAACAGCCACCUUGCAUCAUGUUAUAUAUAACCACGCACCUCCCCUGGAAACAGAAACGUGCUUUCGGUUUUCCAAGGAUAUUGCUAACGGCUUACAUUUCCUGCACUCGCAUUGCAUCAUUCAUUUGGAUCUGAAGCCUGCGAAUGUACUGGUCACUGAUGGCAACAUCUGCAAAAUUGCAGACUUUGGCUGUUCCCAGAAAGUGGACAACUACAACGACAUAUCCCCUGCAAGACCCCAGAACUGUCACCUGGGCGGUACAUACACUCACAGGGCGCCUGAACUUCUAAAGGGUGAAAAUGCAUCUUUCAAAGCAGACAUCUAUUCGUUUGGUAUCACCUUCUGGCAACUGAUGACUAGAGGCCAGCCAUAUACUGGCGACCGCCAAGCUGUGCUGUAUGCUGUUGUGGCGUAUGACUUACGCCCCGCUGUGACAGACGGUGUGUUUAACGAAACCCCUUUGGGACAAACUUGUAAAGCCUUCAUGUGCAGGUGCUGGAACAAGGACCCUAGGGAAAGACCUAGCGCCAAAGAACUGAUAGGUAAAGUUGAAACGUUACAGGACCUAUUGACGACAAUGUGAAAAUAAAAGGCGCGAUAGCUGGUGUAAGUCGACAUUGUCUUGUUUACUGUGAAUUGUUAACUUUUUAAAUGUCUUUUAUUACUAGAAUGAUGUUAUCUCGUUUAAAUAAAUUAUAAAAUGGAACACGUGGACCGUUUUGUUUACCUAGGUUUUAACGCAUUUCUUUAUAUUUUCUGUACGGCAAGAUUGCUAUAUCUUUACACCUUAUUAAUGUUGUUCUGGGUUUCUGUCCUACGUAAUUGUGGCAGAUUUAUAGUAGAAAUUCCAGAAGAGGGCGCAAUGCCGUUUUACAAACGGCUCAGCCUUCUUUGCAGCGAUUUUAACCAAAUUAUGGGAUGGAAGCUUUGCUGCAUAAGGAAUACAAAAAUAACGUUAAUUUAUGUUAAUGUUAACAUUUAAUUCCCUUGGGGAAAAGUAGUAUUUUUGGUACUAUGGGUAGAUUGCAUCUGUAUUUAAAUUAGCGUGACUUGUCUUAUUCAAAACUAAUUUUUAAAACCAAUUUAAACAGCGAUAAAAAAGGUUUUUAAAUGUAUAUUUUAAAAAAGACUUAAUACACCAGUAAGGAACAGGACAUACUUUAAGCUUGGGGUUUGCCUUGAAACCACCUCUAUAAAGUAGGGUGUCUAUACUGUAUAACUCGAAGUCUGGCUAAAAUGUGAUUAAAUAAAAUAAUCUAAUCUGCUACUGGAGGAGAUGAAACGGGACCCAAGCUGAUGGCCAACUUUACUACCUUGCCUAGCAUGGUAUAUUAUGUUCUAUUAAGAGGAAAGUUCUCCCCACAUUUUUUUAUCUUUUUGCAUGCAUUCCAAUGUGUACUACGAACUAUUUUCUUCAAAAUGAUUAGACCAAAUCAUUACAUAUUUUAUUUAGAAGAAUAACCAUCAAAACGUGUUUGAAUUAGUUUUAAGAGCAUGUAUUAAAAGGGGGGCUUGAACUCCCCUUUUAUCAGCUUUAACUACUAGUCAACCAACCUUUGCAAUAUAGCUACAUUCUCAUCUUUUAGAAACCGUGCCUGCUUGGUCAAAAACAGACAUGUUAUCUCUUGAAUUCUCCUUGUCUUCUACUCCCCUCCAUAUUGUCCCAUUUGUUUUAGUUCUAACUUUAUAGCCAGACACUACACCAGGGACCUGGAUACAGACUAGGUAAUUAUUACCUUGGUCUCUGCUCUGCAUUGCUCUAUAGGUUCCAGUUACUUUUUCCCAUAUUGAAAAAUGCCAUAACAUUUUGUCUGAGGGAGGAGUGGUAUUCAAUCUCUUAAUGAAGUAUACAUGCACAAAUGCUUUAAGACUACUUUAAGACAGUCAAUGGUUUUGUAUUAGAGAUUAGGGGGGUCUCCUCAGGGCUAUGUGCUGUCCCCCAUCCUGUAUAUUCUUUACAGGUGGCUGUAGAAGUCCUUUUGAGGACCAACACAUCAUUAAGUGUAUUGAUGACUGCCAUUGUCAAUCUCCUGCAAGGUAUUAACACUGGUCAUGGGCCUGCUGUGGAUUAUUUUGCUGACUGGUGUAACUAGUCCUCUCUUCACCUUAAUGUGUCAAAACCCAAAGAUACAGCAUGAACUUUGACUUUAGAACGCAACCACCUGUGGCAAAAUCAGCAGUUGUUGAGGAGCAAGAAAUUGAAAUUGUUAAUGGUUACAAAUAUCUUGAUUACAAACUAAUCUUUGAUGAAAAUAUGGAUGCCAUAUGUGAGAAGAGCCAAAAGUGAUUUGUUUUUCUUGAGAAAACACUGCUCUUUUAAUGUGCGUACUACAACAGUAAGUUUAUUCUAUAGAACCUUUAUUGAAUCUGUUCUAACAUUCACUGCAGUCUCCUGGUUUACCUUAAUACACGCAAUAAAAACAAAUGAAAGUGAAGGUAGCGAACAAAAUUAUCGGUGUACAACAGCUGCAACUGUCAAGCAUUUACAUCAAACGAAUAGCGUAGAAGGCCAAUAUGCAGGAAUUAUUGACUUUCAUGACCACCCCUUGCACAGCAAAGUUGAGCUUCUUCCAUCAGGGCAUCUUAGAAUAGGACUAAGUUAUCCUUUAUCACCACAGAUAUAAAGCUGCUUAAUGUGGACAAAUGAUUGUAUAUUUUACAUGGGUUUUUUUAUUCUUAUUUGUUCAUGGGUUCAUAUUGUAUUAAAUAUAAACUGCAAAGGAACCCCUAAUGUUAAUUCUGUGCUAAA